GCGGAAAUAGCGAAACAACAGUUGGUGCCAGACGAUGAGAUGGAGUCAUCAUCAUCAGAGGAAGGUAGCAGCACCAAGAACGGUGAAGAAGAUGAUGACUUUACUCCGGGGUACAUCGGCCUGGGACUGACUGAGUUCAACAAACGAUUGUGGCGAAGGGAUUCGAAGGUAGACAAAGAAAAAUCAGUGGCCAAAGACAAAGAUAAACCUGAAACGAAGAAGGACAACGAAGAGGACUGCAUCACCAUCAGUGACGAUGAAGAAGCACUCGUGCGUGCCGAACGUGUUGUGGACACGCACGACCCUCGCUUACCGUGGGUGUCUUUCUUCGCUCUCCGCGCGGUGCGGGCCGGGGGCGAACUCACGUGGAACUACAACUACGACGUGGGUUCCGUGCCCGGGAAGGUCCUCUACUGUUACUGCGGAGCCCCAACGUGUCGCGGCCGGCUGCUGUGA